GCCCAGCACGGGUAGGAGAAGGCGUCACUUCCGGGGGCCUUCACCAGUGUCUGGUGGCUCUCUGCUCUGAUUGGGCAGACAUGGCCGGGUCAGACGUGUGACCCCACUGCUGUGGAAGAGCUGUGCCCCAACGCCACAUGUCUCCCUACUCAUCUGCUCGCCAGAGUGCUGUCCACUGUGCACCUGGUCCCUUACGCCGUUCUCCACCUGGACAGAUUCCAGACCCUCAGCCUCGGCCCACCUGUGCACCACCCCACUCCGCCCAGAAGUGCAAAAGCCCAAGCCGCCUCCAUGGCCCCAGGAAGGACUCAGGGGAGAGGUCCCAAACAGGGAUCCGCUCCAGCCAGACACCCCAGCCAGAAUGGAGCUGACUGAAUUGCUCCUGGUGGUCCUUCUUCUCCUUACUGCAAGACUAACUCUGUCCAGCCCAGCUCCACCUGCCUGUGACCCCCGGCUCCUAAAUAAACUGCUUCGUGACUCUCAUGUCCUUCAUGGAAGACUGAGCCAGUGCCCAGAAGUUAAGCCUUUGUCCACACCCAUUCUGCUGCCUGCUGUGGACUUUAGCUUGGGAGAAUGGAAAGCUCAGUCGGAGCAGAGCAAAGCACAGGACAUUCUAGGAGCAGUGACCCUUCUAUUGGAGAGCGUGAUAGCAGCGCGGAGACAGCUGGGACCCACGUGCCUCUCAUCCCUCCUGGGACAGCUUUCUGGACAGGUCCGCCUCCUCCUUGGGGUCCUGCAGGGCCUCCUGGGGACCCAGCUUCCUCCACAGGGCAGGACCACAGCUCACAAGGACCCCAAUGCCAUCUUCCUGAACUUCCACCAGCUCCUCCGAGGAAAGGUGCGUUUCCUGCUGCUUGUAGGAGGGCCCACCCUCUGUGCCAGGCGGGCCCUGCCCACCGCCGCUGUCCCAAGCAGUCCCUCUAUGUUGCUCACACUAAACAAGCUCCCAAACAGGACUUCGGCAUUGCUGGAGACGAACUCCAGUACCUCAGCCAGCACUACUGGCUCUGGACUUCUGAAGAGCCCACAAGGACUCACAGCCAAGAUUCCUGGUCUGCUCAAUCAGACUUCCAGGUCCUCAAACCAAACCCCUGGACACCUGAACAGGACAUGCAGACCCCUGAAUGGAACUCACGGACUCCUUCCUGGAGCCUCAGCCAGGGCCCUACAAGUCCCGGCCAUCCCACCAGGAACUCUGGACACAGACUUUGGGCCACCGCGCCUCCAGCCUGGAUAUUCUGCUUCCCCAACUCAUCCCUCUGCUGGACUCUCCUCUCCUCUGCCCAGCUCACCCACACCUGCGGCCCAGCGUCCUGACCCUUCCGAGAUAGCCAACUCCAGCAGCCCUCUGUGCACCACAGCCCACCCUCACUCCCAGAACGUGUCUCAGGAAGGGUGAGGUACCCACGCAUGGCCACAUGGGAGGGGAGGGCUCUGCCCAGCCACUCAGCUCUACCUGACACACUGUUUUUACCUACAAGCCAAAGCCCUGGCAGAGGGGGAGGCACAGGACAGAGCUAUUUUAUUAAGCCACUGAAAACAUGUAUUCAUCAGAGCAGCUAGUUAUCUUUGGUUUGUUUUCUGUAUAAUUUUGCAAAUCACUAAU